GCUUCUCCUGCCUUUGGACUGAACUUCACAGGACUGCUUCCUCCGGGAUGGCCGCGUCGAUUCUGGAGGAGGAAACACGUUAUGGAUCCAGUCCCUUGGCUAUGCUAACCGCAACCUGCAACAAGUUUGGAAACACCAGUCCAGUCCGAGACUCCGCCACGCCCGGUAAAGCGGGAAGCACGGUACCAAUCAAGAAAGCCUACAGCAUGACCUCUGAACUCCAGAGCCCUAAGAAUAACAUGCGAGGCAAUGAGGGCGUCGCGGACUCUUACAGCGGCUCCUUUAGCUCCGCCGGGGGUUUGCUCACUCCGACCGGCAGCCCUCCUCCUGCUCCCACGGGAGCGUACGGCUCCGAAUACAACCCGUUCUCCAGUUUCCAAACCUCCAGUGCCUCUCAGGACCCUUCGCUCAUGGGGACCAAAGCCACAGCGGACUGCCUGACCAGCGUCAACACCUACUUGGACAUGACGCAUCCCUAUGGCUCCUGGUACAAGGGCAUCCAUCCCGGAAUCACGGCUGCUCCUGCGAACGCAACAUCUUCUUGGUGGGAUGUCCAUACCAACUCAAACUGGCUAAGCGCUGGACAACCUCAACCCGAGAGCCUCCAACCCGUCGCUCCUCAAGCAUCCCUCAAUUCCCAGAUGCCUAGUUACACUAAUGAUUUUACACCUUUAAAUCCGGCGCCAUAUCCGUCUGUAGGCUUGAGCUCGCUCCAAUCCUCACAGCACAUGCUCCCUCAGGACAUGUACAAGCCCAAACCCGUCCCAACUUCUGGAAUCCUGGACAAUUCCAUGGGGCUCAAACCGGCUCGGGGAUCUCCCGGAUACACCGGCGGAUCUACAACCGGAAGGUCUUCUUGCGUUUGCCCAAAUUGCCAAGAGUUGGAGAGGCUUGGCGCCUCGGCUGCAUCCCUGCGCAAGAAACCCGUCCACAGCUGCCACAUUCCCGGCUGUGGGAAGGUUUAUGGCAAGGCUUCGCACCUCAAAGCCCACCUGCGUUGGCACACAGGCGAGCGACCCUUCGUCUGCAACUGGCUCUUCUGCGGGAAGCGCUUCACUCGCUCUGACGAGCUGGAGCGCCACGUCCGCACCCACACUCGAGAAAAGAAGUUCACUUGUCUCCUGUGCAAUAAGCGCUUCACGAGGAGCGACCAUCUCAGCAAACAUCAGAAAACCCACACGGAAGCCAGCCUGCAAGCGAAGGGUCCGGAAGAGGAGGCGGAGCCCAGAGGAACCGAGGAGCCAGCGGAUUCCGGUAAAGUGGCUCCUCAGGGGCCCGCCGGUGGCAUGCAGGACCCGGCGGUUGGCGGAGACGAAAAGAGCAGCACGGGGAACGGUGUGGACGGCAGCAGCGGGCUGCUGGAGAUAUAAAAGCGCUGUGUGAGGAAUCGGAUGAAGACUCUGACAA